AUGGCCAAGCCCAGCACUUGCAAGUCUGCUGCCAAGCCUGCACUACCAACGGAUGAGCAUGCCAUCAUGCUCAAGACUGCUGCUGCAAUCAUUGCCCACAUGUGCAAAGACACAGAGGAUCCCAGAUUUUUGCUGUUGGUGAAGUAUUCGGAUGUCAUGCCAUUCAGCAAUGUGGUUGUGCUGCUCCUCAACAGCCCUCAGUCCACCCUUCAAGAGGAGCUGGCCACCUUGUCUGCACCACCUGAAGAGGAUGAGGAAGAGGAUGAGGAUGAGAAGGAGUUCAAGGCAAUGUUGUCCGGUUUUUUGACAUCCCUGGUGAGCCUGGCCAGCCCCUUGGUGAAGGCCAAGAAGGGCAAGACCAAGACAAAGGAGACAACACCAGCAAAGGUGGUCAUGCUGUGCCUUGAUGAUGGCACAAAUGUUACCCUGCCAGUGACCAAGGUGCAUGGGAGGCCCACCAAGAAGGAUUCCUGCAAUGCAAAGCUGAUGUGCAUGUAUCUGCUGGCAAAGCCCAACAAAUGCAAGAGGGAAGAGGACAACAAGGAUGAGGCUGGGCCCUUGCACAAGUGGUCCCACCUUCCUGAGGCAGGGAUCGAGCCACCUGUCAUGCUGCUCCAUAUGGCAGAGCAUAACAUGCUGGAGCUGCAGAAGAGCCUGCUAACAGCUCAGAAAGCAGUGGACGCAGUGCAGAAAGUGGUGGACACCAUAUCAGGCUGGGUGGAGCAGGUCCAGACUCUCCUGGGGAGGGCUCUGGCUGAGUAA